AUGGAGCCCAACGCGCACUUCUGGAUGACCGAGCGCCAAUCUUUUUUCCAGAGAUUUGUUCAGUGGACAGAGUUACUGGAUCCUACAAAUCUGUUCAUUUCAAUUAGCAAAAUAGAGAAGGCAAGGCAACUGUUGCUAACAAAUGAAGAUGGGUCCAUUCACGACUUGCAGGACAAAAGGAUCCAAGCAGCUUGGAACAGAAGUCUCGCAACAGUGCAUCCUGACAACAGCAGACUGAUCCCGGGUCCGUUCCGACCUGCAGCUCUCCUGCCGUUCACGGCGCCCAUGGUAUUUCUGUCGCUGGUGCAGGUGAAAAGCCUGAAGUCCAUCAUUUUGCCUCAGCUGUCUUUCUGCACCUACAGCACAGCGUUCAACCUCAUCAAUGGGAACAAGAGCUACCAUCGUGGCCUCUAUGAGACUGUAUUACUAGCGACAGGAGUGAUUGCUUCUACAGCCUUUUUCGGAAUACUCCCUCGUUUGCUCCUAAUGAAGAACGUGGUGAAGAACGUGUUCCUCCGGGAAACCCUGCCGGCCGCCAUCCUCACCCAGGUCAGUGCCCUGAGUGUGGCCACCUCCCGCAGUUUGGAGCCCGUGCGAGGGAUUGAGGUCAUGGACAAGGAGGGCAAUGUCAUCGGCUAUUCCCGGAGAGCCGGGACGAAGGCCGUCAGAGACACAACGAUAUCCAGAGUCGUGCUGUUCGGGACCUCGGCUUUUAUUCCUGAAGUCUUCGCGCAGUUUUUUAAAAAGACCCCGUUGUUUGUGCGAUACCCCCAGUCCUUGUGGACCCUGAAGCUGUCUUGUACCAUCUUGGUCAUGGGACUGAUGGUGCCGGUUUCCUUCAGCAUGUUCCCGCAGAUACAACGGAUCCGGCGCGGCCAGCUGGAGCAGGAGAUUCAGUCUGCAACAGAGGAAACGGAGCUCUUCUAUAACAGGGGGGUGUAG